AUGACUAAAUCCCAAUUCCAAAUCCUAAGCAACUCAAGAGACCCUUGCACGGUGUCGAGUUAUGAUGAGUUUGCGGUGAGACAUGCCCAAUUGCAUUUUGAUAUAUCAUUUGAUACAAAGUCAAUCCUGGGAUCAGUCACGUAUCUUUUGCAACGUGUAUCUUUGUCAUCAAAAACUUUAGUAUUUGAUACGUCACAUUUGAAUAUUAACUCUGUCAUUAUUAACGGCUCCAAUGUGCCCUUUGCUAUUGGAGAACAAUCAGAACCAUAUGGAGCACCACUUGAUAUCAACUUGGAAGACGUCACCACAGGCACCACUGAACCAUUUGAAAUCACCAUAUCCUUUUCCACCACAGAUAAAUGUACUGCCAUCCAAUUCAUAAAGGGGGAUACCGGACCUUUCCUCUUCUCACAAUGUCAAGCCAUCCACGCCAGAAGCUUGUUCCCUUGUUUUGACACUCCUAGUGUUAAAUGUCCUUAUGAAUUCCUGGUAUCCUCUCCUUAUCCAUGUACUAUGUCAGGAAUGCCUCUUCAACCUUCAGAUGGUCGUCAAAGCGUAUAUAAGUUCACUCAACCAGUUCCAAUAUGUUCCUAUUUGGUUUCUAUCACUUCGGGUAAUUUGGAAAGCUCACCAAUAGGUCCUAGAUCCAAAGUCUAUUCGGAAAGACCUAUUUUAGAAUCCGCUACUUGGGAAUUUGAACAUGAUAUGGAGAAUUUUAUUCAAGUUGCAGAGGAUCUCAUUUUCAGUUACGAAUGGGGAAACUACAAUACUCUUGUUCUCCCCUCUAGCUUUCCUUAUGGUGGGAUGGAAAUUCCAGUGUUUACACAAUUGACUCCAACAUUAAUAUGUAAAGAUAGAUCUCAAGUUAAAGUGUUGGCGCAUGAAUUGGCACAUCUGUGGUCAGGUAACUUGGUAACAAAUAAGUCUUGGGAACAUUUUUGGUUGAAUGAAGGUUGGACCGUUUACUUGGAAAGACGUAUAAUUGGUGCCCUUCAUGAGAAAUUAUGUCGUGAAGCUGGUGAUUCCAAUCCAAAACUAGCAGGAAAGCAAAGAAGAGAUUUUGAUUACAUUUUGGGUUGGAGUUCACUUCAAGACACCGUUAAUAAAAUUGAUCUGAAAUUCACUUCUUUGGUGUUGAAUUUAAAAGGAGUUGAUCCUGAUGAUUCAAUGUCAAGGAUACCUUAUGAAAAGGGUUCCUAUUUCUUGUACUACUUAGAGAACCAAUUAGGUGGAACAGAGGUGUUUGAUGAAUUUAUCAAACACUAUUUCACUGUUUUCAAAUACCAAUCGCUUGAUACACAAGCAUUUAUUGAAGCAUUAUAUGAAUUUUUUGGACCCCAAGGAAAAGCAGAGCUUCUAGAUGAAGUUGAUUGGAACACAUGGCUUAAUGGGGAAGGUUUACCACCUCAGUUGGUUACUUUUGAUACUACAAUGGCAGAUUCAUGUACAGAUAUGGCUAAAAAAUGGGUAGAUUUCAAUAAUAAUGAUGACUCGGCUACUAACAUAAAUGAAUCUGACGUUGAUGUUGGAAGCUUUGAUGCUUCACAGAAUAUUUUAUUCUUAGAAACUUUGAUUGAAGAGUUUGGUAAAAUUUCAGUUAGUGAAAAAACACUUUCAACACUUCAAAAAUUCUAUACCAGCUAUCUGAAAACGUGUAAUUCAGAAAUUAAACUUCGUUGGACAACGUUAUUCUUAAUACAUGGAUCAUAUUCUCCUAAAGAUCAAUUGGUUAUGGAGUUCAGUGAUUGGUUAGGAAGUAUUGGACGAAUGAAGUAUGUCCUACCAGGCUACAAACUUUUGUCUAAGUAUGUUGAUCAUGAAUUUGCAUUGUCUACUUUCCAAAACAAUCAGUCUUUUUAUCAUCCAAUCUGCAGACAAUUGAUAUUGAAGAACUUCAAAGCAAAUUAA